CUUACACACGAUUGUCGCAGGACCCGCCUACAGUUAUGCAGACACGUGUUUGCUCCUUGUGCUGUGUCUCCUCUGCCUGUUCCAGCCAGCCUGCUUCUUCCUGCUGUGUGGCCUCUGCUUUUAGGACCCCCCUUGGCUGCCUGCUGGAUAUCAGAACUGGAGAUAUGGAAAGUGACUCAGAAACACAUUCAACAUGCGACAAUAAUUUUGAUGCCCGAAAAUAUCUGGAGGUUUAUUAUGGAGUCGAUCCAAAAACUCAGCAAGUGGAUGUAGAGUCAAAAUUUGUUCUUGGGUUCCUGCAUGACGUAUUUGUUUCAGGUCACGUAGCAGGAGACAGUUUGAUAGAAAUUGGUGCUGGACCCGUGAUAUAUCAUAUUGUAUCUGCUUCAGAGCGAUUUAACACCAUCUACCUGACUGAUUAUUGUGAAGAAAGUUUACAUGAAAUAGAUAAAUGUCUGCAAGGGAAAAAAGAUGCUUUUGAUUGGACACCAUAUUUUAAAUAUGUAUGUAAACUGGAGGGCAACAGGUCCACUCCAAAGGAUAAAAUGGAAACGAUGAAAAGGAAUAUUAAACUAAUGAAGUGUGAUGUCACACUGGCUAAUCCACUACAACCAAACACAGUUCCCCAAGCAGACUGUGUCAUAGUCGCAGGAUGCCUUAUAUGUGCUUGUAAAACCCCCGAUGAUUUCCAAAAUGCUUUAAAUAACAUUGCAUCCUUAGUAAAACCAGGGGGGUAUCUGAUUAUUGUUGACUACCUGGGUGCCUCCUAUUACCUGAUCGGUCAAACGAAGCUGAAUGUUCUUUCUCUUGAUGAGAACAUUGUCAAGCAAACCGUAACAGCCGCUGGAUUUUCCAUAGAGGAGUUUAAGGUUGGGAACAACUUUGGCAUUCCCCAUGAGAUUUUUAAUUGUAAGGAGGUGUUCUGUCUCCUUGCUAAGAAGUGAAAAAAUACAUCUUUAUUAUUGGAAUUCUUCCAGACAGAGUUGCUGCAUCUUUUGGAUAAGUACAGCUUAAAGGGAAUGUUUUCCAAUGAGCUGUGUUUGUUAGUGAGACAUAGUAAUAUGAUAAACAUGAGACACCAUGUCUUAUACUGGAGCACUGUCCAGUACUAACUCUGUACUAGCAGUCUCUGUAGGAACUCCUGCCAAGGUCAAGUGACCCUGAAGUGACAUCCUGAUUUACUUUCAUUGAGAAAUUGUUUAUGACAUUUUUGUUGAUUUGUUGGCAAAUAAUAAAGAGAGCCUGCAAAUAG